AUGAGCCGCCAGUCAAAGGGCCUGGAAGAAGGUGACAGAGGUAGGAGACCCUCAAGCAAGCGGGCCCCCAGAGCUGAGGGUCCCCCUGGCAGACGUGGAUCUCCACCCAGCCAGAAAGAGCGCACUGGGGGCAGCCCACGGCCAGGGUCUCCCCGGAGGAAGCAGACAGAGUGCAGGAGCCGGGGAGGGGAGCCACGGGGACAGGAGCAGAGUACCACAGAGAGGACCCAUGAAGGAAGGCAGAAGAAGGAUGGGCGGGCUUCUCUCAAGGAGCAGAGUGCACCCCCAAAGAAGGAAAAGGAGACACUGAAGAAGGAGGAAUCCUGGACGAGGCCCAAGAAACCCAGAUCAUUGUCUGUAGCCUCCAGUGCCUCUGGUGGGGAGUCCCUGUCUGAAGAGGAACUGGCCCGGAUCUUAGAGCAAGUGGAGGAAAAAAAGAAGCUCAUUGCCACCAUGCGGAACAAGCCCUGGCCCAUGGCAAAGAAGCUGGUGGAGCUCAGGGAGGCCCAAGCAUUUGUGGAGAAGUACGAAGGAGCCUUGGGAAAGGGGAAAGGCAAGCAGCUCUACGCCUACAGGAUGCUGAUGGCUAAGAAAUGGGUCAAGUUUAAGAGAGACUUUGAUAAUUUCAAGACUCAAUGCAUUCCCUGGGAAAUGAAGAUCAAGGACAUUGAAAGUCACUUCGGUUCCUCAGUAGCAUCGUAUUUCAUCUUUCUCCGAUGGAUGUAUGGUGUUAACUUGGUCCUUUUUGGCUUAAUAUUUGGUCUAGUCAUAAUCCCAGAGGUACUGAUGGGCAUGCCCUAUGGAAGUAUUCCCAGGAAGACAGUGCCUCGGGCUGAGGAGGAAAAAGCCAUGGACUUCUCUGUCCUUUGGGAUUUUGAGGGCUACAUCAAGUAUUCCGCUCUCUUCUACGGCUACUACAACAACCAGAGGACCAUCGGGUGGCUGCGGUACCGGCUGCCCAUGGCUUACUUUAUGGUGGGGGUCAGCGUGUUCGGCUACAGCCUGGUGAUUGUCAUCAGAUCGAUGGCCAACAAUACCCAAGGGAGCACAAGCGAUGGGGAGAGUGAUAACUUCACGUUCAGCUUCAAGAUGUUCACCAGCUGGGACUACCUGAUUGGGAAUUCAGAGACGGCCGACAACAAGUAUGCCGCCAUCACCACCAGCUUCAAGGAAUCAAUAGUGGAUGAACAAGAGAGUAACAAAGAAGAAAAUGUCCAUCUGACAAGAUUUCUUCGCGUCCUGGCCAACUUUCUCAUCAUUUGUUGUUUGUGUGGGAGCGGGUACCUCAUUUAUUUUGUGGUGAAGCGAUCCCAGGAAUUCUCCAAAAAGCAGAAUGUCAGCUGGUAUGAGCGGAAUGAGGUAGAGAUUGUGAUGUCCCUGCUCGGGAUGUUUUGUCCCCCUCUGUUUGAAACCAUCGCAGCCCUGGAGAAUUACCACCCACGCAUUGGACUGAAGUGGCAGCUGGGGCGCAUCUUUGCACUUUUCCUGGGAAACCUCUACACGUUCCUCUUAGCGCUGAUGGAUGACGUCCACCUCAAGCUUUCUAAAGAAGAAAAAAUAAAGAACAUCACUCACUGGACUCUGUUCAACUAUUACAACUCCUCGGGUUGGAAUGAAAGUGUCCCCCGGCCACCCCUGCAUCCUGCAGAUGUGCCCCGAGGCUCUUGCUGGGAGACAGCCGUGGGCAUUGAAUUCAUGAGGCUGACGGUGUCCGACAUGCUGGUGACGUACAUCACCAUCCUGCUGGGGGACUUCCUACGAGCUUGUUUUGUGCGGUUUAUGAACUACUGCUGGUGCUGGGACCUGGAGGCUGGGUUUCCUUCAUAUGCUGAGUUUGAUAUUAGUGGAAAUGUACUGGGUUUGAUCUUCAACCAAGGAAUGAUCUGGAUGGGCUCCUUCUACGCCCCGGGGCUGGUGGGCAUCAACGUGCUGCGCCUGCUGACCUCCAUGUACUUCCAGUGCUGGGCAGUGAUGAGCAGCAACGUCCCCCACGAGCGUGUGUUCAAAGCCUCCCGAUCCAACAGCUUCUACAUGGGCCUCCUGCUGCUGGUGCUCUUCCUCAGCCUCCUGCCAGUGGCCUACACCAUCAUGUCCCUCCCGCCCUCCUUUGACUGCGGGCCAUUCAGUGGGAAAAACAGAAUGUAUGAUGUCCUCCAAGAGACCAUCGAAAAUGAUUUCCCAACCUUCCUGGGCAAGAUCUUUGCUUUCCUCGCCAAUCCAGGCCUGAUCAUCCCAGCCAUCCUGCUGAUGUUCCUGGCCAUUUACUACCUGAACUCAGUUUCCAAAAGCCUUUCUCGUGCUAAUGCCCUGCUGAGGAAGAAAAUCCAAGCGCUCCGUGAAGUUGAGAAGACCCAUAAAUCUGUCAAAGGCAAAGACACAACCAACAAUGUGGCAGAUGCACCUAAAACCAGCUCCAAAAAUGCCACCCAGCUCCAACUCACCAAGGAAGAGACCACACCUCACUCUGCCAGCCAAAACCAGACCCCGGACAAGAAGGCACAGGGCCCUGGGAUCUCCAGUUCUCCUAGGGAGACUGUGCCGCCUGCCUCACAGCACUGCCCUGUAUCACAGCCCCCUGGAGUCAGCCCUAGUUCUGGCUACUCCCGGGCUCAGACUCAUCCUUCUGGGAAGAAUGUGCAGAGACCUCGCCGCUGA